GGGGAGGGGCACAGAGAGAGGGAAAGAGAAAAUCCCAAGCAGGCUCCGUGCUGUCAGCACAGAGCCCUAUGCAGGGCUCAAAUUCACAAAUCACAAGAUCAUGACCUGAGCCAAAACCAAGAGUCAGACACUCAACUGACUGAGGCACCCAGGCACCCCAAAUCAGGUUGUCUUUUUAUUGCUGAGUUGUGAGAGUCCUUUAUAUAUUCUGAUUAUUAGAUCAUUAUCAGAUACAUGUUUGCAAAUAUUUACUCCCAUUCUCUGUGGAUUUUCUUGAAGUGUCCUUUGAGGUGCUGCUGGGCUACUUUUAACAAAUACUAAAACACCUCAAAACAAAAUUAGGAAUAUGUAAUUAGUGUCUGAAUUAUAGCUUUAAAUUUAGAAGCAUUAUAAAGCCCAACUGGCUCAGUAGGAAGAGCAUGAAACUUUUGAUCUUGGGAUUGUGAGUUAGAGCCCCACAUUAGCUGUAGAGAUUACUUUAAAAUCUUAAAAAUAAGCAUUAUAAUGUCAUAAGCAAAAGUUGUUGUUUUUAAGUUUAUUUAGAGAGUGCGAGCAGGGGAGGGGCAGAGAGAAAGGGAGAGAGAGAAUCCCAAGGAGGUUCCUCACUGUCAGUGCAGAGCCCAAUGCAGGGCUCCAUCUCACCACCCUGGGAUAAUGACCUGAGCUGAAAUCAAGAGUCAGUCGUUUAACCGACUUAGCCACCCAGGCGCCCCUCACAAGCAAGCUAUUGUAUACAUACCAGUUUUGAGGCUUCCAAAGAAUCUUGAGUUCAUUAUGAGAUCCAUCAUAAUGAUAGCUAUCACUUUUAUAGCAGUUAUGUGCUAAGCACUGUUUGGGCACUUUCCAUGUAUUAACCUACUUAAGUUUCCACAGCAAUCCUAUGAGGUAGAGAUUUGUCAUUAUACUCAUUGUACAAAUAAAACGGAUGCAGAAGGAGCUUAAGUAAUUUGCCUGAAGCCAGAGAGUAAAUAGCAGAGAUGCUCCCCAGAUUCCGUUGCUCUUAACCAACCACCUGAGAGACUGCCAAGGCUGAAUUAAAACAUUUCAAAGAAUGCCUGACCCCUCACUUUAAGGAAAUAAUAGUGUUUUCAUGGCGUCUACACUCUGGAUAAUUUUCCUCUUGUACCAAGCCAAAAACUAGUGCCACCCUUCCAGGCGUCUUCAUUUCUAUCUUCCUUUCCAGUCUGGUUUCACGUCCCUCUAUUUUCUCCACCGGCCGGAGGCUUUAGUUUUGGAAGUAACCGUCUCCCAGGUGGAGUUGUUCUAAAUUUCUGACGGCCAAUAGGCGCCGAGGCGCCUCGGAUCCAGCCCAAUGAGGCUCAAAGCUGAGCCAUGGGAGGGGCCAGCGAAGGGGGCGGGAACGGAGCCCCCCUACGUGGUGCCUACUGUGUGCGGCGCCAGCUUCCUGCGCGGAGCCAUGAGCUGGACCUGCCCGCGUUGCCAGCAACCCGUUUUCUUCGCGGAGAAGGUGAGCUCCCUGGGCAAGAACUGGCAUCGCUUCUGCCUGAAAUGUGAGCGCUGCCACAGCGUCCUGUCCCCAGGAGGGCAUGCAGAGCACAACGGGAGGCCGUAUUGCCACAAGCCAUGCUAUGGGGCUCUCUUCGGACCCAGGGGGGUGAACAUUGGUGGUGUGGGCUCCUACCUCUACAACUCCCCCACUCCCACCCCUGCCAGCACCACUCCCCUCAGCCCCAGCAGCUUUAGCCCCCCCAGGCCCAGGACUGGCCUCCCCCAGGGCAAGAAAAGCCAUCCCCACAUGAAGACAUUCACUGGAGAGACUUCACUGUGCCCUGGCUGCAAAGAACCUGUCUAUUUUGCUGAGAAGGUGAUGUCUUUGGGCAGAAAUUGGCACCGACCCUGUCUGAGGUGCCAGCGCUGCCGGAAGACCCUCACUGCUGGGAGUCAUGCUGAGGUGAACAGGCAUGACGGCGUCCCCUACUGCCACAUCCCCUGCUACGGCUACCUGUUUGGCCCCAAAGGUGUGAACAUUGGUGAUGUGGGCUGCUACAUCUAUGACCCUGUGGAGAUAAAAUCCAAAUGAGAUGCUCACAGGAGAGGUCACUCUAACUUGGACCUCACCCAUUCCCUCCAUGGUCCUACUGGAAGCUACAGAAUUCUUCAGUCCCACAGGGGGAAGGUGGGCUUCAGGUGGCCUGGGCCUAGGCUCUACGGUAGACCGGGGGGUCUAGACAUUCUCUGCCAAUUCCUGCCUUUCCCAUUUCUAUCUGGUCAGGGGAACUAGGCUACCACAUUUUAAAGGGUAGCCUCCUGGCCUUCCCAAUCCCUUUCCCUAGCAAAUUCUAUAACUUCAAGGUACUUAUAAAAUGUGUUGAUUUUGGCUUCUCCAAUAAAAUGUUGGCUCCCAUGCCUUCAACUCUU